AUGGAGGAAGGGAAAAUGAAUUCCUUCGUCCCAGAUGCAGUUGAUCACAAGGGUAAUCAUGCUGAUAGGACCAAAACAGGUGGUUGGUUGUCUGCUAUUCAAAUCCUCGGAAUUGAAAUAUGCGAGAGAUUUGCCACAAUGGCAAUAAUUGUGAACCUCGUGACAUAUUUAGUUGGCACAAUGCAUCUUCCUAGCGCAAGUGCUUCCAAUUUUGCAUCAACAUCAGGGGGCACAGCAUAUCUUCUAAGCUUGUUUGGAGGCAUUGUUGCAGAUUCUUUCUUAGGCCGAUAUUGGAUGAUAGCCAUUGCUGCUACAAUUCAUGCAGGGGGAACGUGUUUGUUAGCCAUAUCCACUUCUUUUCCAAAUUUACGCCCGCCUCCUUGCAAUCCUACUUUAUCCAACAAAUGCGUAGAGGCCAAUAGUCUUCAAAUGGGCAUUUUCACCAUGGCUCUGUAUUUAACUAAUAUAGGAGUUGGUGGAAUAAAGUCAAGUGUUGCAGGACUUGGAACAGACCAAUUUGAUCAAAAUGAUGAUGAGGAAAAGGCUCAAAUGGCACAUUUCUUCAAUAGGUUCUACUUUGUUAUCAGCUCGGGUACCUUAUUGGCAGUUACAGUACUUGUGUACUUACAAGAUCAAGUUGGAAGAAGCUGGGCAUAUGGGAUUUGCUCGGCCUCAAUGACACUUGCUUUCUUGGUCUUUCUACUGGGUACUAAAAGAUAUAGGUACAAGCAACGUUUAGGAACCCCUAUAGUUCAAAUUCUUCAAGUUAUAGCGGCUGCUGUAAAGAAAAGGAAGGUAGCGUAUCCAUCUAACGAUAGUGCCUUAUAUGAAGACCUUUCUCAAGAAUCAAGAAUAUAUCAUACAGAUAAGUUUCGUUGCUUGGACAAGGCGGCAAUCAUAACCAGCAAAGACUCUGGAAUUCCAAACCCAUGGAAACUUUGCACAGUUACAAAGGUGGAAAAAGUUAAAAUGUUAGUCAAAUUAUUGCCAAUUUGGGCGACAACAAUUAUCUUCUGGACGAUACAUACACAAUUAGCUGGCUUCUCAGUGCAGCAAGCUGCUACCAUGGAUAGAUCAAUUGGAAAAUUCCAAAUUCCUCCGGCAUCACUCUACGCCUUCUUUGUUGUGUCCAUAAUGACCACUCUUGCUAUUUAUGACCGCCUGAUUAUGCCUCUCAUGAAAAAAUAUAAAAGAAGUCAAGGUUUAACAAAUUUGCAAAAAGUAGGGCUAGGCCUAUUGUUCUCCUUAUUAGGAAUGACAGCGGCGGCACUUGUAGAAAAGAGAAGAUUGUCAGUUGUUAGAGCCAAUAGAGAUACCAUGACAAGGUCAACAACCCUACCAAUAAGUGCUUUCUUUUUGCUUCCACAGUUCAUCUUGGUUGGUAUUGGAGAGGCCUUUAUAUUAUCUGGAGAAUUGGCUUUCUUCACAAACAAUGCACCCAAAGGAAUGAAAGCAAUUGCCACUGGUCUCUACCUCACAACCACCUCGUUUGGUAUGUAUCUGAGUACAAUUUUGGUCACCAUAAUAAGGAAUGUUACUGGACGCAAUGGUGGGCACGAUUGGCUUUCUCCUAGGAUUAAUGAUGGCAGAUUGGAUUAUUUUUAUUGGUUUCUAGCACUAUUGAGUUUGAUCAACUUGGGAUUUUAUAUUGUGUGCGCCACAAGGUUUACACCAAAUUCUACUGAAAAUUCUCCAAAGAUGAAUGGUGCUGUUGUUGAUGCUCCUGAAGAAGAAACUGUGUAACAGCAGAAUCUUUGUUGUAUAGUGGUAAAAUUGCAGCACAGGUCUUUCAUUUGGGUUCUCAUAUGAAUUAUGAAUUUUUGCUUUCCAAUUUUUCUGUUUGAUCUUCAAUGGGAAGCAGCCCUUUUCUGCUUUUCGC